AUGGCACACCAACCCCAAGGGCAGCCUCCCCACGGAGGAUACUAUCCCCUCGCAUAUCCUCCCCCGCCCCAGAACUACAACUAUCCAGCCCCAGGAGGCCAAACUAGCCCAUCAUUUCCUCCCCCUCCAGCUGGUGGUCAAACCUCUCCGCCGCCUCCACCUCAAGCUUCACCUCUUCCUGAAAAAUCGCCCCUUGGACCUGAUGGAGCUCCACCCCCGAGUCAAUUUGUUGGCGUGCAGUCUACAUCCGCGGAUGAUGUUGGCACAUUCAAUGGUGGUAGCUAUCGGAUUAGUCACCGCGACUCGAAUACCAUCUUGACCAUCCAGUUGGCUAUGGGAUGCCCACUGACCGCUAAGCCAGGCGCAAUGAUUGCAAUGUCUCCCACCAUGACUCUGAAAGGAUCCAUCAAAUUUUCGAUGAAGAAACUCAUUGCUGGUGGAGAGAUGUCAAGUUCGACGUAUACGGGGCCUGGAGAACUUCUCCUCGCUCCGACAAUGCUUGGUGACAUCAGCGUUUUGCGUCUCAACGGCCAUGAGACAUGGUCUGUUGGCAAAGAUGCAUUCUUAGCCGCUACUCAGGGCGUUGUCAAGGAUUACAAGAACCAGGGUCUAAGUAAAGCAUUAUUCUCCGGCGAGGGAUUGUUUGUGUAUAAAAUCUCCGGGAUGGGCCUGUUGUUCAUGCAGAGUUUUGGUGCGAUUAUCAAGAAAGACCUUGCGGAUGGUGAGAAGUACAACGUCGACAAUGGCCACCUCGUCGCCUGGAGCUGCAAGUAUGUCAUGGAGCGGGUCGCUUCCGGUGGUCUCAUCUCUGGGAUGACCUCCGGUGAAGGGCUGGUUUGCAAAUUUACUGGUCCUGGAAGCGUAUAUUUACAGACAAGGAACCCGUCUUCGUUUGCAGCUUGGGUCAUGGCGAACGGUGGGGCCGGCGGAGGGGCGUAA